AUGGCUCAGCCUGUCAGGUUGAACAUAUCAGGGUCGUACAGAAUUCGGAGAUUCUCCCAAUACUAUGCUAACACUCGCGAGGAGACAUCUCUCCACAAUUACAAUACCUCUGGAAUGCAAUUCCCCGACGGUCUUAACAGCUCGAGUGGUGGCACUUGA